GAAGAAAUCAAAACGUGGUCACAAGCCAGGACCAGAUUUGGGUCACUACAUUCUUCCAGUAAUUUUUCCAGUACCCAGCAACAGGAAACCACAUCAUCUGAGACCAGCUCUUCCCACUUACAACUUAGAAGCCUGAAAAAUGAAGCCUAAAAUGAAGUAUUCAACCAAGAAAAUUUCCGUAGCAAAGCUGAACAGCACAGCAAACAAAGCUUUGGUAAAAUCUUACAAGCUGAUAAAAUCCCAGCAGAAGACUGAAGAAGUUUGCCAUUUGUACUUUAUGAAGCUACGCUCUGGCCUUACCAUAGAAAAGAGGGCCUGUUACUUUAGGAAAAAAACCACCAAAAGGCCUUCUUUAGGAAAGAACCCACCAAAAACAGGCGGAAAAGAACGUCUGUCAUUCACUGCCUAUGGGGCGCAGUCUGCUGUGGAGCACUUUGCCUUUGCUAUGCCUGAGAUCCAGAACCAUACUAGAACACUUCACGUUCCAAGUACCACAGGAAUUUCACCUAUUACAGAAUCUUUUGCUUCCCUAAGCACAUACAACGAUCAGUCUGUUACUUUUGUUUUGGAGGAUGGAAGUUAUGAGAUCUAUAUUGAAGACUUGAAAAAAGAUCAAGAGAAAGAUAAGGUGUUACUGCGUUACUACGAGUCUCAGUGCUCCUCAAGUGAAGCAGGUGACAGUGUCGAUGGUAAGAUGUUGAUGGUAAACCUGGGUCUUUCGAAAGACCACUGGCUGCAUGCCAACAACAAGGAGCACUCUGUGGAGUUCCAUAAGUGUGAAAAACCAUUGCCGGAGCAGGCCUUCUUUGUCCUUCAUAAGAAGCCUUUCAAAUGUGUUUCAUUUGAAUGUGUUUCAUUUGAAUGUAAGAAUGAUCCUGGAAUGUUUAUAGGUGUAAAGGAUAAUCAACUUGCUCUAAUUAAAGUAGACUAUUCUGAGAGUUUGAGCAGUGAGAAUAUCAUGUUUAAACUCUCUAAAACUUAAUGUGAUGGAAAGCUGUGGGUCUUCGAUUGGGUAGCCCAAAUGCCACCCACUGGAGAAGGAAUGAGAGAUAAGGGAAGAGAUGGGCAACAUGCAAGGGAAAUGGAGAGUGUUUAGCAUGCUGUGGAAUGUUUUCCUUCUUACAUAAAAAUAUUUUUUUCUUGUCCUUCAGUUCUGUUUUAUAUUUCCCUCUGUAUAACUGCAUAUUCAAUACAAGCAUCAGUGUAUUAAAUAGAGUAUUGGUAAAGAAACUGCCAACAUACUAAAGAGAUACAAGCCUAACUUUUACCUUUUUCUACUGUCUGCCCAGAAAGAACUUCACAUUUAGAGCUGAGACCUCUGGGGAGAGUAAGGGCAACAGAUCAAGUCUCUCUUUAGACAGGGAUCCAUUUUAAAGAGCUACAUAGAAAAAUAAUUUUCUCUGGUUCCAAACAAUAGCUUAAACACUAGACCUGCUAGUAAAAGGAAGACCAGAUGCUACAUAGAUUGACCAUUUCUCAACUAGAAUAAAACACCAAGUUUGUUUGUAGAUAUCCUAGACAACACUCAGAUCAGCUCUAUCUUACUGUAAGGGGUUAUGGAACUUUGAAUGCCUACAUGGCUAGCCAGGUAAUAUAAAUGUGUGAAAAAGCAAUAAUAAUAGAAAAAUUAAGAAAAAUAAAUACAGUGUUUGUAAAGUGAAUAAUUUCACUACUAAUUCUUUCAUUUUUAAAAUUCUGGUUUUCACAUACUGAGUUUACUUUAAGCAAGACAUUCUUAUAUUGGGAAGUAAAAUAAAUUUUAAUUCAGACAUAACAUUUUAUUUAUUGAUAAUAUCUAAUAAAUUAAAACAUUAAAAAAAAUACUGAGCUGCAGCAUAUUUUAGGGCACCCAAGGACUAUGAAAUCCAAGUACCACAGUGAGACCAGAAGUCCUCUAACCUACUAGAGCCUAGAUAAGAUACAGAACAUUAAAAUUUCACUGACUGACUGUCCCUCAUGUUUAUGGCAUACUAUCUCUUCCGACUCUCUAUGUCUUUAGAUGUACUCAUUGUCACCUUGAACAAAGUUUCUUCUAAUUCUUGCUUCCCAUGUACACAAGUCUUUUCAUUGUCCAGCUUUCUGAAGCCCCUGCUUACUGUGCAAUAUUCAUUUCAUUUCUACCUCUUCUCCAUUUCUUUUGACUAAUCGUGUCCUUGAUAUAGGCUUUGCACCCCCUGAGCUUUAUUCCUGUAUCACCUGACCUUUGGAUGCCAACACCUUUAUUCUGCUUUGUCUAUCUGAUAUUGUAGAAUUUUAGAUAGGUUUUAUUAAUGGGAAUAUUUUCUAUUAAACAUCUUUGUGUUUUACUGUUACCAAGGUAGUAAAAUUUAUACUCAACCAUAUAAUAACAUUUUCUAACUACUAAAGAAAUAGUUUUUGCUUAUUUUAAAGUCUUAAUUUCUACUACAGUUUUUCUUAGACUUAACACUUACAAUAAAUGGUAAACAUAAUAACAGAAUACUUAUAAAAUAUGGCCUUUUCUGAAAGCGUGGGCUUUUUAGUUUUUAAUUUGUUGAGACCUACUGGAUAUAAUUGCUGGUAGAACAUAAGAUAAAAGAGGCUAGGAAUUGAAUUACUGUACAAGGGUAUUACAAUUGUAAAACAAUGUGUCUUUGUUUCAUUACUUUGCCAAUAGUUUUACCAAAGAAACAAAAAUAAAAGCAACAUCCCUUCUGAAAAAAAACUAAAUAGUGACCAUGUGCAUCUGUAUUAUACUUAAAAUUAUUAUUACAUAACCAAAUAUAUCUAUGCUGUUUAUAUUCUUGAAUAAACUGUAUUUUUCAAAAGUA